CGACUGAGAUGCUGAAAACAGGGUCCCAGGAAGGUGGCGUCAGCAUCUGCAACCGCGUCGACAACGUUGUCGGAGCCUCCGCGAAGGACCCAGGAGAACCGGACUAGGACCAAGGUGCUGGGCCUCCCCUCUUUCCCAAUGGAGAAGUCAGCAGCCUCAACAGAGCUUCAAGGGCCACGGCCAGUCCUGGGCCGUGAAAGUGUCCAGGUGCCGGACGACCAGGACUUCCGCAGCUUCCGGUCAGAGUGUGAGGCUGAGGUGGGCUGGAAUCUGACUUACAGCAAGGCUGGCGUGUCUGUGUGGGUGCAGGCUAUGGAGAUGGAUCGGACUCUACACAAGAUCAAGUGCCGUAUGGAGUGCCGUGAUGUGCCAGCAGAGACACUCUACGAUGUCCUACAUGACAUUGAGUACCGAAAGAAAUGGGACAGCAACGUCAUUGAAACUUUCGACAUCGCCCGUUUGACAGUCAACGCUGAUGUGGGCUAUUAUUCUUGGAGGUGUCCCAAGCCUCUGAAGAACCGUGAUGUCAUCACCCUCCGCUCCUGGCUCCCCAUGGGCACUGAUUACAUCAUCAUGAACUACUCAGUCAAACAUCCUAAAUACCCACCUCGAAAAGACUUGGUCCGAGCUGUGUCCAUCCAGACGGGCUACCUCAUCCAGAGCACUGGGCCCAAGAGCUGCGUCAUCACCUACCUGGCCCAGGUGGACCCCAAAGGCUCCUUACCCAAGUGGGUAGUGAAUAAAUCUUCUCAGUUCCUGGCUCCCAAGGCCAUGAAGAAGAUGUACAAGGCAUGUGUCAAGUACCCUGAGUGGAAGCAGAAGCAUCAGCCACACUUCAAGCCAUGGCUGCACCCAGAGCAGAGCCCAUUGCCCAGCCUGGCACUGUCGGAGCUGUCAGUGCAGCACGCAGACUCACUGGAGAACAUCGAUGAGAGCGCAGUGGCAGAGAGCAGGGAGGAGCGAGUGGGUGGUGCAGGUGGCGAGGGCAGUGAUGAUGAUACCUCGCUCACCUGAGUGCAGCACUGCUGCAUGGACUGAGACCGGACUGGGGCUGAGCCCUGGGGCAUGGAUCCUCCUGCACUUCCUCCUGUCUCUCACCCUGCCUCCUGGGGGCCUUGGGCUGCGCCCAGGCGGCAUUACAGCCUGUCUGGACACAGCCCCAAUAAACGAUCCCACAGCCUCA